CGAUUCAACGAAGAAGUCGGUGAAUGCAGCACAGAGGGCGGUGAGAGGGGGCAGGAGGCUGUCUUGAACGAAGGCCUCCGGAGGACAGCAGUUUGUGGAUGUGCCUGCGAUUGUUUUGUCAAUCCAAAAAUAGAUGGGAAUGGCGACUCAUCAGAAUGAACGGGGCAGGGAACUGGACACUGUUCCCGUGGGGCGUCUAAAGUCACAGGCAACUGAACAUGCACGUGAUACAUCAGUGGGAGCAUCAAAUUUGGGUAAUGGGAAUGAUGAAUGCGGAAACACACAUGGCGAGCCUGUGCUUAAGCCAUCAGCGAGUGUAAUUAGCCGGAAAAUUGUGAAAUUGAGGAAACAGGCUGUCAGUAACCGACUUGCACAUGUGAAGGCAGAAAUCCAGGCGAACCAGGUUGCUUUGCGUCAGUACACAGCACACUUGGAAGAGUUUUUCAAGGCAAGAGCCAAGUUGCAUGCAAAUGCUUCUACUGCUGAAGAGGCGAAGGGAACAGUGACAACAAAUGGUGCUUCUGGCUCACCGUAUGGAACAUCUCAAGGGCUUGCAUUUCGUAGCCAGCAUGGACUUGAUUGUCAGCCUUCCCGUCCUAAUGCAGCAUCGGAUCAGCAAGAGGGAGGGCAAGGUGCCAGUGGAGAAGGGCCUGCUCAGCCCCCGUUGUCAUCACUCAAUGGCAGGUCAGGGCAAGUGGAUGGAACUGCUGCAGGAGGAGGCACGACGAUGGGUGGAGGCACGGGGGUUGGGAAUGACAACUCUCAAGACCAAAGGGCUCCUGUCGUAAUUUCGGCAAUGGUGGGGGGAAAGACUGCAGUGCGACCUGUGAAACUGCCUGCUGUUGAGAAUGUGCCACCGUAUAUGACAUGGAUUUACCUUGACAGGAACAUGAAAAUGACAGAAGACCAAUCGGUGGCUGGACGGAGAAGGCUCUACUACGAUGCAGAGGGGGAUGAAACUAUUCCGUGCAGUGAUAGCGAGGAAGAUGGUGCUGACAUUGAUGAUGAAGACUGCGUGAAGAAGGACUUUGGGAAAACUGACGAUUUUGUGAUAAUAAGGACGAUCACUGACCAUGGCUGUGGUCCUGAAGUUCUGGAGGAGUUGGCGAAAACCUUCGACGCGGAUCCUGACGACAUUGAGGCUAGGUACGAGUUUCUGAAGGCACUUGAAGAGAAGGAAGCAUCUAGAAGCAAUCCGACAGGGAAAAAAGGUGAUGGGACUGAUAAUGGAAGUGAAGGCGAUGGUGUGGUCAUUGAUAGAGAUGAGCCAUUUGAAGCAGAGGAUCUGAAGGCUGCCAUGGACUCGUUCGACAAUUUGUUGUGUCGACGCUGCCUGGUGUUUGAUUGUCGACUCCAUGGUUGCAAUCAGAUCUAUCACCAUCCGGUACUUUGUCUAACCCCGUCGGCUUGUGCCUUGGACCUUGGAAGUAAUGAAUACCUGGUCCCGGAGGGAUAACUUAAACACGAGGGUGUUUCAUCUGCAUGGUGUUCUGCCCUGCAGUCCCUCCUUCCUGCAGCUCACUAUCAUCUGUCAUGUCUCAUUUCAUUU